CGCAUGCGCACGGAGACGUAGUAGUGACACCAGCAGCUCAUCACUGUCGGCUCUGUGCAGAAAAAGAGCCGUGUCAGUCAGUUACAGUUAACCGACAAGUUCGAACUUUCUUUUCGGGGUAUAAGGCAAACUGAAAUGGUUUAAAUUUAUUUGGGACGGUUAUUUGAGUAACGGCUGUAACGUUUAAUGUUGUAACUGUUCAUGUGAAGAGGCUGAGUGAGAGUUUUUCUGGGGGGUUUAACGCUAGCUACACAGCUAGCUAGCUUAGCAAAACUUUUUUGUAAAAAAUGCCACCUUUACAUUGCAGUCUGUGUUCUGUUCUGCUGCUGUGUCUCUUUAUGCCUGUGGCGGCUGACAUUGGGGAAACUCUGAUCCAGGAAAGCUGGAAGGAUUUGUGGCUAUUCCGUUUUUCCCUCAACAUCCUGGCAUAUGGCACCAUUAUUGUCCCAGGAUAUCUCCUGAUUCGCUACAUCAAGAGGAGUAAUUACGUUGAGACAGGUCGAGGGAUCUGUUAUCCUGUUAUAAAAGCAUGUGUGUUUGGCAGUGACUCUAAACCGUCAUUGUUGGACGAUGUGUCUGAGACAACCAGAACCGAGUCCACUUCAUCUACACGGCAAGCCAUCAAACUUAUUUUCUGUGCUGCCGGACUCCAGUGCUCGUACUUGACGUGGGGCGUGCUGCAAGAGCGAGUGAUGACACGUUCCUAUGGAGCCAAUGAAGAUGGGGAAAAUGGCGAGAAAUUCACGGACUCUCAGUUCCUGGUGUUCAUGAACCGCAUCCUGGCCCUUACAGUGGCUGGCCUCUGCUGCCUACUGUUUAAACAGCCCAGGCACAUGGCACCCAUGUACAAGUACUCGUUUGCCUCCAUUUCCAACAUCUUGAGCAGCUGGUGUCAGUAUGAAGCCCUUAAAUACAUCAGCUUCCCUACACAGGUGUUGGCCAAAGCCUCUAAAGUCAUCCCUGUGAUGCUGAUGGGCAAGCUUGUGUCACAAAAAAAAUAUGAAUACUGGGAAUAUUUAACAGCUGUGCUAAUCUCAGUAGGUGUGAGUAUGUUCCUUUUGUCAAGCUCCAGCAGUACCAAACACGCAACCAUCACAACUUUCUCCGGCAUCAUCAUCCUGGCCGGGUACAUCAUGUUCGACAGCUUCACUUCAAACUGGCAGGAUGAACUUUUCCGCCACAAAAUGUCCUCGGUACAGAUGAUGUUCGGCGUGAACCUGUUCUCUUGCCUCCUGACGGUGGGCUCACUGUUAGAAACGGGUGCUCUUUUCGACUCCCUGGCAUUCAUGACCCGCCAUGGCGAGUUUGCAGCUCACGCGGCUCUGCUCUCGCUCUGCUCUGCUUUUGGCCAGCUCUUCAUUUUCUAUACUAUCGCACAGUUCGGUGCUGCCAUCUUCACCAUCAUUAUGACACUGCGCCAGGCCAUCGCUAUCCUACUCUCCUGCCUCCUCUAUGGCCAUGCCAUCUCAGCAACGGGAAUCUUUGGGGUGGCCGUGGUGUUCUUUGCACUCUUUCUACGCGUCUAUGCACGCAGUCGAGUGAAAAAGAGCAACAAGAGAGCAGCACAGGCACCAUUACAGAAGGUGUAGAUGAAGGACGGUGAUAACACAACCACGUUAUUUGUGGUUUUGCUUCCUCUAUUUUCUUGUGUGUGUGUGUGUCUGGGUGUGUUUCACAAAGCUUAGUUUCUACUCUGUAUAUGAAAAAAGGUACUGAAAGAGGAGGCAUUUUUUGAUUUCUUUUUUUCCCCCAAAAAAGGGAUUAUGACAUUUCUGUCUAAAAUAUGGAGGGAUAGUUACAUUCUUUGUGUCAUGUGUUGGAAGUGUGUUUGCUGUGGGUUCUGUUUUUGCUGAGCCAGUAUUUGGUCCAAACUUGUUUUCUUGGGUGCGUGCUAGGAUUUACCUGUAUGUCUUUAUUACUGAUUAAGUGUGUAUUUUUGGAUUCUACCAUUCUUAUUUAUAGUUUGGAUUUUAAUUAUAAAAACCACCAAACUGCACGAAUCAAAAAUAAUUUUUAACCUCUUAGAAGUCUUAAAACACAAAAAAUGACUAUGGUUUAAACAGUUUAUUUAUUAUGUGCGAUUAUACCCCGUUCCAUUUCUUUAAGCUAGUGUUGAGUUUGUGAUGAUCCUUAUUGAGCUUUGCUUAAAAAGCUGUUUUUAAAUAGAAAAUCCCACCUGAAAAUGUGACAAUUACAUCCAGCAUUUUGAUGGACUUUCACGUAAAUUUAACCAUGUCACCACCUCCUGCUUUUAAAUCUUGUCUAAAUAUAUUUAAAUCCACCUGUGAUUUUUUUCGGAGGGUCUGUUUUGUAGUAUUUUCUAUCCUUAAAUAAGAUAGGUGUAAGUGCUGAGACUUCAUCAGCAACAGACCGUGAGUGCCUACUGUAUUGUAAACAAGAAUUCUUUCAGUAAUUCAAAGGUUUUGCAGAUAGUAACAGGAGAUCUGUAACCACAUUAUUAUUUAAUCUGACCAGAACCUUAAAUGUACAUUGGGCAUGUGCUGAUCUUUAGCUUUGCUAUGUUCUACAGCACAAACGUACACAACUAUUGAUAUUCCAAAUCACAUUAUCCUAGCAUAACAACCACUGUCGAGGAGACUAGAAUUGGCUACCUUCUUGUCCACAAUGAGAUGCUGCAUUAAAACACUGCUCAGUCAGAGCAAACAUUAGGUAAGACAUGUCUGAUAUAUUUGAUAUUGAUCCACUGAUCGUUUUCUAAUAAACAAAAAGGUCCUACUGGCUGCAGAGAGGAUAUUUCUGAUAAGGCCUCAGACACAGAUUUGUUCAGAACAAAAAUCUACAUGUUUCAAAGUAUACACAUUCACCACAAGGAGCACAGCUGUAUAACAAUGCCAAAAAGGAGUAGACAGAAAUCUAUGACCAAAGUGUAGACUAUUCUGAUAUUAUGUGCUGAUGCUAAUUGUUAUUACGCAUUUAAUAAAGGAUAACCUGCUGUUGUAUGAAAAAUAAAUAUCAGCACAUGGCUAAUGUAACUUGUUAGAAACACUGUAUUGUUAUACAAGUGGUGUUUUUUUUUUGUAUCACAUUGGUUCAACAAACCAUCAGAUGAGAGAGACAUAGACACUCACAGAGAAAGGGAGAGAGAGAGCGAGAGACCGUGAGAGACAGAGAGCUAUAAAGUUAGUAAUUCUUCUUGACAUACCAGUGUGUAUGUUUGCACAUGAUUUGAUAAAAUGAUCUUAUUGUAAACAUGUUUUCUCAGAUGAAGUUCUGCUGUCCUGUUUGUGCACCGUGUACUUUAAUGAUGCUGGCAUACUUACAAAUGGGUGUCCAAGCCAACCACAUUUUAUAUUCCACAGCUGGGAUAGUGAUUUUGAAGUUUACAAUUUGUCAGUUGAAGUUAAGAGGAUCCAAAGAAGCUAGACGUUUCUUCAUAUGUAGACCUAAAGCCAUUUUACCAUUUCGUUCAACUACACCCGCUCAGCUCUUUGGACCUGUCCCUUCAAAAUGUUAGAGACAAUUGACUGUAACCGUAUACACACAUUCAUAGUUUAAACAUCCUCCACUCAUUAUGAAGCUUCUGGCAAUAAUAUUUAAAGUAACAUGGCUGCCAUUUCAAGUCCAUACUUAUACCUCCUUUGUGUGGUUAGAAAUAGCUAAUCUAUGUAGGGAAACCUACGUCUUCCACUGCAGGUUUUAACUAAUGAUGUGUAUCUGGGAAGACAAUAUCCUGUUAAGUACAUAAAACGUAAUACCUGCAAAGACAUCAAUUCAGAAUUUGUAACUGCAAAAUGACUACAAUCCCAGUUCACACAUUUAAGCUGUCAUUAAUGGAUUUACGCAAAAAAAAAAAAGUCUUUUUUCUUCUUCUUUCUUCCCCACAUGUUUGCUAAUGAUAUGAGUGAUGUACUAUAUGUAUUUUCUCAGAUUUCGGGCAGUAAACAAUCCCUACAAAAUAUCUGAUUCAGUAAAAUGCAUUUAUUUUAUUCUUGAUUUUGUUUUAAUAAUUCAUGGAAAAAAAAAUCAGUCUUGAGUGUAGAACAUGAUUAUUCAAUCGUUAAGUAACACUAAUUAAUGUAAAGAGAUGCUAAUGAAGGUGUGGUGUUUAAGCUGUGCAUCAAGGUCUUUAUCAUGCAUGAAGAAGCACCAGCGAGACAAUGCAGUGGCAGUAUUUUCUACCUUAUUUUGAAAAGAGAGAAGACCAUUUGAUUUGACUUGUCAUCAUCCUUAGCUUGUGGAAAUAGGAAUAAUCAUGACAGUAAAUAAGGUGUGUUGCUACGAUAAGCCACAUAGCCAGAUAAAUACUUGGGUAUCUGCAGAUGUAGCUCUGGUUUGAUUCAAAUCAAGGUUGUUUUAGAUGCUUUACGUGAAGUUGUAAUGUAUGCUCUGAAACACUCCGUUCUUUCUUUUUUUUGGGGGGGGGGGGUGGAGUGGAGGCAUGGGGAAAAGUGUUAUUUCACUACGCAAAGCAGUUUUUGAUUUUUCCUGCUUGAUACCAUGAUGUACUUUGUUUAAAUGUAUAAAUAUAUAUGGCCUAUACCAGCUUGUAAGUCGUCAGACAGGAAUGGUCAUGUUUCUUUCUUUUGCAUAUGACAUUUGGUCAAACAUUUUACUGGGCUUUUUACUAGUAAAUUAUUUGCUCAGAUGAUCAGAUUUUCUUUGAUAGUUUCAUAGGCUGCUAUGCAAAUUGGAAAGAAAAUGGGUUUAAAACAUAUUUUUAUAGAAAAAUAACCAAACACUACCUUUAAAAAAAAAAAAGGUAUUGAAAUUGUUUGUGAUUUACGUGUCUGUCAGGCUUCUCUACAGGAAAGAGACUUAAGAGAGUGCUUAUGUAUUUACUGAUGAGUUGAAACCCCCCCCCCCUUUCCCAAUCAUUCAUGUGGAGAUCAUGUGAAAUAAGGAAUGCAAUCUAACUAAUGUAUUCUUUUUGUACUUUUUUAAGGAUGUAUUAAUUAUAUGUUAGGCAGAUUAAAUUAAUUUGAAUACUUGAAAAAAAAC